UCGAUUCUUCUGAGACACCGCAAGCAGCAGGAGCGGACAAGAUUAAACAACAAGUAACCAGUACGAAAAACGUACUGUAAGAAGACAAAAAAUGAUCCAGAACCAACUCCAACAAAAUGAAAUUACUCAAGGAAAAUACUUCUUCAUAAUUGAGAUGGGCAAAUCACACAUUUUGCGGAAGGAGAUUUUAGGUCAUCUCCAAAAGCAUAGGCCUGGAUCGACAGAGGUGCACAAGGUGGAGGACUGUGAUGUGAUUCUGGUUUUCUGCCCCAUUGUUUCACGGGCAGGAACUGACAUUGUUGCUGCUUUGAAUGAACUAAAUACAUGUUCAGCAUCCAAACCAGCUAUUUUGAUGGUGUUCCAUCACUCAUUCAACCCUGAUAAAAUUUUACCAGACAGCAGCAGAAAUAUAACCAGGAGAAAUACACUCACAGUGGACUGUCUGUUCAAUGAAGAUGUGGGAUUGUUGACAUGCAACAGGAAUGAGGAGGCACUGGCCAAAAUUGUUUGCCAUUUCAAGCCUCAGGAACUAAAGAAAUUUUCUGGAAUCAUCAUCAAAGCUAUGUUCGCUGGUUUUAUUUUUUUAGUACUUUACAAAUUAUUUCCGUUUGGAUGGUUACCUUAUGCAAAGGGAAAAUACUACAUAAUUGAGAUGGGCAAGUCAGGCAAUUUGCAGAAGGAGAUUUUAGGUCAUCUCCAAAAGCAAAGACCUGAUUUGGAGGAAGUGCGCAGUGUGGAGGACUGUGAUGUGAUUCUUGUUUUCUGCCCCAUUGUUUCACGGGCAGGAACUGACAUUGAUGCUGCACUGAAUAAACUUAAUACAUGUUCAGGCGAAACAGAUCCUAAAGUUGCAUCAGAACUGACACUUGUCCUGCUGGGCAUGUCUGGGCCUGAGAAGACUGCAGUUGAACAGAUGAUAUUUGGCAGAGAGGAGAGUCAAGCUGACACCUCUCCAGCCAUUCAGAGGAAGAUCACAGUAGAUACGAGAGUGGUGGAUGGGAGACAGGUGGCUGUGAUCAACACUCCUGCCUGGUUCAGCUCUGGGCUCUCCACAGAAGAAAUACAACAAAAAAUACAAUCCUGUAUCCGUCUGUCUUCUCGUGGAACUUAUGCUUUCCUCCUAGUCAUACCAGCAAAGCAGUCUAUUGGAGAGAAGAGAGAGAUAGUGAAGAAAGUGGAGAUGAUUUUUGGAGAAAGUGAGACUGAGAAUAAAUCUCAGGUUUCAAAGCUGCUGGAGAUGGUAGAAGAUUCAGAGCAAGAAUUAUGA